UUGUUUUGUAGUUCAUUUUGAAUUGCAGAAACUUAUUUAAAAUUACUGAGUUCGGUUUUUGGUUUGUGAUUUUUUAAUAUACUGUACUCAAAUAUUAUAGUAACUAACCGGAGAGAAUGACGUAUAGGUUAAACUACGUACGAAACGGGCUGGAAUUAUGUGCCAUUUUUUACUAAUGACAUUAAGAGGUUUUUGUGACAGUUUAUACGCCGUGGCAAUUCCAUUGCUUAUAUCUUAGACGGUUAUCAUCAGCCUUGAACGUAUAUUCAUUUAUAAUUAUUUUUUUUAUAGUUCUUUGUAAAUUUCUUCAUAACGUUCAUUGAAGAAAAUAAGACUCCGUUGAAAUGUCACAGGCUGUUAUGCCUACAAAUCAGAUGCGUGAGAGCCCACCAAUGGAGCGGAAUAUACACGAAAUGCUGAAGGAUACGCCGGUGAUGAAUGAUAGCAAUACAGCUGUACACUCAGGAACAGCUCCCCCGACACCGCAGCGUAUGGGCUUUAUCCAACACCCGACAUCAUUACCUCUAAGUCAGACUGCAGCCCCAGCAUCAAUGACAUCACCGUCUAUGAAUUCAACGCAGAAUGGCGAUCCUCAAAUCAUAAAAGCCCAACAAUCAAAAAUUGAAAGUAUAAAGAACUGGAGUAUUUCAACAUACAAAUGUACAAAGCAGCUUAUGUUUGAAAAAUUGGGAAAAACUUCAAGAACUGUGGAUAAAGAAUUGGAGGCUCAGAUUGAACAGCUGCGAGACACUCAACGGAAGUAUUCAAACAUCUUGAGACUGUCUCGAGCCCUUGCCAGUCAUUUCUAUCAUGUUGUACAAACUCAGCAUGCACUUGGUGAGGCAUUCUCAGACUUAGCACAGAAGUCACCAGAGCUACAGGAAGAGUUUCUGUACAAUGCAGAAACACAGCGUAGCCUUACCAAGAAUGGAGAAACACUACUUGGGGCUCUGAACUUUUUUGUUUCAUCAGUGAACACCUUGUGCAAUAAGACUAUUGAAGAUACCCUUCUGACUAUUAGACAGUAUGAAACAGCCAGAAUAGAAUAUGAUGCAUACAGGACUGAUUUGGAGUUGUUGGCUCAAGCUCCAAGAACAGACGCAAAUACAGCAAGAUUGGAAGAGGCACAACAUAAUUAUGAACUUCACAAAGCACAUUUUGAAAAGUUAGGCUCAGACGUAUCUGUAAAACUGAAAUUUUUGGAUGAGAAUAGAAUCAAAGUAAUGCACAAACAGCUUUUGCUGUUCCAUAAUGCAGUAUCAGCAUACUUCUCAGGAAAUCAACAGGCACUUGAAGCUACAUUAAAACAGUUUAACAUCAAGGUUAAAUCUCCUAAUUCUUCUUAUCCAUCAUGGUUGGAGCAAUAGUAGCAGGAGAUAAGUAGGACUUGUGAGUCGUGCCCAUUCCAGAUGGUUUGCAGUUAUUGUAAAGUAGCUGUGUAAUUUCACUUAAUGUCAACAUGACAAUGCUGCAACAAUUCCUGCAUCACCUUGUUUAUCAAUCUGUGUGUGCAUCAUAUGUGAUAAAUGUAAAUUAAGUGCUUUAAAAACUUUUGUUGCCAUUUACUAUACAUCAGGGCCAGAAUUCUGCAUUAGUUAACUGCGAACAUUAAUUAUGUAUACUGAAACCCUUGUUCAUCAGUCAUGCAGUAUCAUUUUUUUAGUGAGUUCCUGUUUCAUGGUUUUGUAUGAUUUUGAGACUACAGAUAACUGGUGAACAGUACAUAUAUUUCAUGUAUGGGAUAUAGUGCAUAUCAUUAAUAAAUGACUUCUUUACAACAUUGUUUGCCAGUUAGCCCACUUGGAUAAAAAUUUAAAACUUAUAAGAAAUAAAAAUGAAAAAAAUUGUUUAUAUUUUCUAAUUUAAAGAAAAUACAGUUAUGUUGUUGCUGCAGUUCAGCAUGCUUAAUAUCUGUGUAAUGACCAGAUUUUGUCGAAUACGUAUAUGGUCAGCAUUUAGCUAUGUUGUGCAGUGUAACAACUGACAGCUAUUAGACUAUAGAUGUUUCAUGUAUUGAAAAAUAAAUGACAUGAACACCUUCAUUUCCUUUCCAGAUGUCUAGGAUUAACAGUGUGUUUUUAUGAGUAAAAUUGUUACUGCUACACGUUAUAUCAGGACAAAUUUGAUAUUCUUAAAGCACGUCAUGUGUUAAUGUGAUCCAUGUGUAGUGUGAUGCUGAAAGAAAAAGUCAUGUAGUAUCUGUACUAUGGAAAAUUGCCAUAGAUUUCUUUCUUUCUUUCUUUUCUUUCUUUUUUUUCCUUUUUGUACACAGUACAAACUUUCAAAGCUGAUAUUGUGAAUGCCACUGGAUUUAUAUUGGUUUUAGUGCACUGUGACUUCAAGACAGUGCAUUCAAAUAUAAACCUAGUAUUGCUAAAAAGAGUAGGUAUCAGUUUCCAGUUUGUAAUGACAACACUGCUGAUAAAAGGAGAAUAUUAGACCUCUUAGACAGUAUAAUUAAUGACAGACAGAAUUUAGAAUUGAUUAUCACAUGCUUAUCACAUUACAACUACUGUGCUUUUUUGUCGUAGUUGGUGUGUUCUUCUGUACUCUGUUAUAUGCGUGUACGAAUGUCACAGUAAUGUGAUGACAUCUCAUUGAAAUGCACCAUUACACUCAUUGUAUUCUUUUGCAAAAUGUAUUUUAGCCAGUUAUUUUCUUCUGUCUUUUUUGUAUGGCUCUUUUGACAAAGUUUAGUCAAUUUUUUUUACGUAAUUUUUCUCUUUUGAAUAUUUGCAGUGUUGGCUCGGUUUAGCGCUUUUAAAAGCAGACGAAAAAGUAUUUAUUACAAAUAAUUAAUUCUAACUGGGGAUAAUUUUUGAAGUUCAGAAUAAUAUACCCUUUCAGGUAUUUUGUGCUCUGCACAGUUACUUUCCAGAGAAAGUGAGUUUUAUUCAGUGGUAAUUUCAAAAUAACACUGUUUGUCUUUGUCAUUGUGACAUCCACCUCAUCCAAAAAGGUACAAUAAACAAUGCUUUGGUGUUAAUAGUUUGUUUUGAAGUUGUAUACUGGAGCUGAUGUUUUGAACAACGGCGUUUUCUCUAUGUGAAAGGCUUUAGUGUCUCCUCGUCAUGUGCAGUAUUUAAAUGCUGCCAAUGCUUUCAGUAAAUAGUAAAUGGAGAUUAGUGGUACCUUGUGCAAGUAUGACAAUAUCUGGUGGUGUAAUUGAGCAGGAGAAUAGUCAUCUAUGGGAGUGCUGAUUUUGUGUAGUACAGCACUUCUGUUGCUACCGUCCACAAUUAAAUUUGCUCUCCUGGAAUACUGCCAAGUAUUUUACUUCAUUUUAGAUGACCUGCAAGCAUAGCUCGUAUAUAAUGUGCCAUUUAUAGCUGACGUAAUGCCUUAGUGACAGUGGUUGACAACAAGAGACUUGUAACUCUUUUGUCUUUGUUUUCUAUACAGUAUUUGCCGAUAAACAUUUUUUUCCCAUGUGAUUCAGUAUUUAAAGACUGAUACUAGAAAUAAACAUUUAAGUGGUGGUAGAAAAGGCAGUAUGUGCCGUGUUCUCUCUCCCUUCCCCUCUCUGGCAUAAGUAGUUCAUUAUGACCUAAGGAUGUGUUUCCUCCUUUCAUUUGUCGUAUUAUCUUUGCAUUCUCACAAGUGGCAAACAUUAAAGGCCUUGUUAUAAAUUUCAUUUGAUGCUUUGUAUGUGUUGCUGUCAUUGAUCAAACUGUGCACAUUUUGGCUUGUGUUGUCUGAAUACCAUAUCUCAUAUAAUAUUCAAAUCAUUAUGAAUUUAAUUGUCUCAAUUAAAAACAAAGAAACAGUAGAGAUUUACAACUUACUGUUUGGGCAGUAGACAUACACAAAAAUGAAAUUUGGAACUUGUAAGGAUAUGCACAUACUUCAGAGCUAACUACAAGUUCCAAAUCUUAUUUAUGUGUCUGCUGUUGCCCAGAGUCCAAAGCAUACUCAUCUACUGUUUAUGUUGCACUCAGAAUUUUCCAGUAUCUUAUUAGUGUUUCAAAAGUCAUUAUGUAGAACUGCAUAGUAGCUCGACUUGACACUCCAUUAAGGUUUUUUUUUUUCUGGGGGGUGGGGGGGAGAUAUUUAAUAUCUUAUAAUUGAAUCGAAUUGUGGUUUCCAUAGAAAGUUGCGAGAGAGAAUGUUAGAAAUGUAUUUUGGAGCAUUUCAGUGAAUGAUCUAUCAGUGAAACUUUUACAUGCUUUUUUAUAUUUAUUUGUGAUAUUUGUUGUCAGCUUUAAUAUAAUUUUUAAUGUAAAGCUUCUUAUUUGUACAGAAACUUUAUUCGGCAUAGAGUAUAAUUCUUAAACGUAUAUUUUAUAUACACAAUAGACUCACAAUGGUUAAAGUAUUCGUAGAUACAAUCUCACAAAAUUUGUAACACAAAUACGUAUUUGAAAAUAUGAAUCAGAGUAUGUCUCUCAAUGUCUUUACCAAGUUCUGACAUACUUCUUAUUUUAAGGUAAGCUUCUUGCAGACGUCUGCAGUUGAGUUUUUUGUCUGUUAUUGGUUUGAUGGUGUUUAUUGUAAUCUUACUUUAAUAUAAAACAUGAUAUUUAAUUGUACUGUUAUGAACAGAGUUAAAAAUACAAAUGAAAUUUCUUACACGAUGAGAUGAGUGUAGCAAAAACUUCUUCUUUUCAUAAUAGAAAAUUGUCUAUGUGGUACAAGUUGUCAGUGCGUUGAGAUGCCCUUGCAUUAAUUAACUGUUAACUGUAGUAAUGUAUCAUGUUAACUAUAGUAAUGUGUCAUACAUUCAUAUUAAAAAUAUUAUAAGUCAAGAGUAUUAUUUUCCCUUUUGUCUCAGUAAUGUAAGAAGGCAAUUGUAUAUUCCAUAAUGAGAAAUUUAAGAUAAAAACUACAGAGCCCAUAAUUAUUUUAUGUGGCUCAGUUAGUAGAUAAUAUUUAUGUUUUCGGGCUUUGCGCACACGCACAUGCGUGUGCGUGUGUCAGUGAGUGAGAGAGAGAGAGAUUUUAAAGCAGCUGUGGUGUAUUUGAGGUAAUGUGAGACAGUGUAGUUAGUAGUAUAUAAAGUUUUUUUCACUCAGACCCUUUCAGCUCUUAAGAAUUUUAUGUUGCAAGAUAUUUGUUUGGAUAGAAAGUGAUGAAAACUGAGUUAUCUUUUGAUAGUAUUGUAGAAAUGAAAUAUUUUUUCACAAAUGUCUUUUAAUAACUUUUGUGUUGUGCUAGUAAUAGGACAAUAGCUUGAAGAGUAUAUAAAUAAGACGAGGCAUAUGCAUGACUGUCGUAAGCUAUUUGACUGUUACCUAUAUAAAUAUCAAUUCUCAAUGCUAAGAAGAAUUUAAAUUGUACAUGUGGUGCAUCUAUGAUUGUGUUUUCUAUUCUCGGCAACACCUUGUCAGAUUAGUGAAUAUUUAUUAGGUCUCUGCCCUGUAGGUUUUGCUCCUAAUUUUGAUGCUGUUUCAAAUGAUUAUUUCAUGUUACACAGUUUUUAUUUGUUAAUUCCUGCAUAUAAUUUACUUCAUUUGAAUGAUUUUUAAUCAUAUAAUGAUCAGAAAUCUGGCCCUGAUUAUUUAAGGCAAAAUUUUGUUAAUGGUUAAUGCUGAGCUGUUUUCAGUUUCCAGCAAAUGUAUGUGUAUUUGUGUGAAGAGUUAUUUAUUGACUUUUGUGGCCAUCAGAUCAAAAACUCAAGUAAUAUUAAAGUAUUUUAACAGGCUUUCACCUCAAACUUAUUAAUUCAGUUAAUGGUAUUAUUACAUUACCUGAUGUGUCUACAGUUUAUAAAGGAGGAUACAUUUUAAUUAAAUCAACCCUGUAUUAAUCACUGUAUGUCAACAGGGAUGAUUAUAAUUUACAAAGUUGUUUGCUCCACAAGUUAGUUCCAAAACAUAGGGAAGUAUAUCAUGUGGAUGUGAAAUAUGUUCAUUGUGAGUAGAGAGAGUGUGGAUUCCCCCCCCCCCCCCCCUAUUCGCUUAGGAU